UACAAAGGCCUAAAAGAAAAUUAGGGUUUCAGACUUCAUUAGAGAUACUCUCCUAUAAAGACUGCAUUUUUGCCCAAAAUCAUAUUCUUCCCCAGCCGGCAGAAGCAGAGAGCCUACACUUUAAUCUCAAACAAUGACUUUCAAGCGUAGGAAUGGUGGUCGCAACAAGCACGGCCGUGGCCAUGUCAAGUUCAUCCGCUGCUCUAACUGUGGAAAAUGCUGUCCCAAGGAUAAGUCAAUCAAGAGGUUUCUUGUGAGGAACAUUGUGGAGCAAGCUGCUGUCAGAGAUGUCCAGGAAGCCUGCGUCUAUGACACCUACACUCUGCCGAAGCUGUAUGUGAAGAUGCAAUACUGUGUUUCAUGUGCGAUCCACUCCCAUGUCGUGAGGGUUCGAUCUCGUACCGACAGGAGGAACCGUGAUCCACCCCAGCGUUUCAUCAGGCGCAGGGAUGAUAUGCCAAAGCCUGGACAGCCUGGCCAAGCCCCUCGUCCUGGUGUUGCGGUUCCUCCUCGUGCUUAAGCUUCCUCAAGUUUUGGAUGGAUUUCCAUUGUGUUUUACUUUGAAAUGUGCACUUGAGUUAUGUAGACUUUUAGUUGUGUAGGAAGGUUUUGAUUGGUUGAAACUUAUUCGCAUUACAAAAUUUUUUGUUAAGCUAUAAUUGUUGAGAAAACUAGUUGGAUUCUCAUAAUUUCGAUUCAUUUGCUUUUGGUUCUA